GGGCGGCCAAUCGGCGCGGGCGGCGGGCUAUAAAUAGUCGGCGGCUGGGAGCCGCUGGUGCAGUGCGGGCUGUGGUGGUUGUGCGUUGCUUGUGCGUGUUUUGGUGCUGGGCGAUGGCGCGCACGAAGCAGACGGCGCGUAAGUCGACGGGCGGCAAGGCGCCCCGCAAGCAGCUGGCCACCAAGGCGGCCCGCAAGAGCGCGCCGGCCACGGGCGGCGUCAAGAAGCCGCACCGCUACCGGCCCGGCACGGUGGCGCUGCGCGAGAUCCGGCGCUACCAGAAGUCCACGGAGCUGCUGAUCCGCAAGCUGCCCUUCCAGCGCCUGGUGCGCGAGAUCGCGCAGGACUUCAAGACCGACCUGCGCUUCCAGAGCUCGGCCGUGAUGGCGCUGCAGGAGGCCAGCGAGGCCUACCUGGUGGGGCUCUUCGAGGACACCAACCUGUGCGCCAUCCACGCCAAGCGCGUCACCAUCAUGCCCAAGGACAUCCAGCUGGCCCGCCGCAUCCGCGGCGAGCGUGCAUAAGUCUCCUGCUGUAGCCUUUUGCCGGCCAAGCACGGAGGCAAGCCAUAGAGACCCAAAGGCUCUUUUAAGAGCCACUA